ACGAUUUAGAUUAAGAAAGUGAAAACAUAGAAAAACCAGAAACCUAUGAUAUGAAAACCUUGGCCCAAAUCACAAACCACCAUCCCGCCUCCUCUUGUUUUUGUUCCUCCUUGCAACCCUUUUGAAUGUUUGAUUCCUCACCACCAUCUUCAUUCAUCUCCAUCCAUUGGAGCUUCUAAAAGGGUUCAUUCAUGGAUCUCUUACCCCCACUUUUCCAUGCUCCAAGAUGAGAUUUUUGGCCUCCCUCACCAUUCCCAGAGAAACCCUUUUGCUCCUCAACCUCACCAGACCCUUAUCCACCCUGCACCCUCCCCCACCGGAUCUCCCAUCCCACCUCUUCACCCUACUCUCCCACCCCAACUGGCACCACCACCCUUCCCUCCCCCACUUGCUCCCUUUCAUCACCCCCUUCCAUGUCUCAACCCUCCUCCACCUCAAACCCUCCCCACAAACCGCAUUGCAAUUCUUCAAUUGGGUCGCCACCAAACCCGGUUACAAGCACACCCCUUCUGCCUAUGGUUCCCUGCUCAAUCUCCUGGUGCCCCACGGGUUCCUCCGGGCCGCCGAGACCGCCCGGAUUUCGAUGGUCAAGGCGGCUGGAUCGCCGGAUGACGCCAGGUUUGUGCUGGCCUUUUUGAGGGGGAUGAACAUGAAUUGUGAUGAGAAGUUUAGGUUUAAGCUCAGUGUCAAGUGUUAUAAUUUGAUGCUGAUGCUGUUGUCAAGGUUUGAAUUGGUUGAUGAAAUGAAGGGGCUGUAUGUUGAGAUGUUGGGUGACACGGUUUUGCCAAAUAUGUAUACUUUCAAUACAAUGGUUAAUGGGUAUUGUAAGUUGGGGAAUUUGAGUGAGGCUGGUGUUUACGUGAGUGAGAUUGUGGAGGCGGGUUUUGCGCUGGAUACGUUUACUUAUACUUCAUUGAUUUUGGGGCAUUGUAGGAGUAGGAAUGUGGAUGGUGCUUGCUGUGUCUUUGGGCUAAUGUGGCGAAAGGGGUGUCCGAGGAAUGAGGUUUCGUAUACGAAUCUUAUUCACGGGCUUUGUGAAACAGGAAGAAUUGGAGAGGCACUGAAGUUGUUCUUGCUGAUGGAGGAGGACAAUUGCUCUCCCACUGUGAGAACGUUUACGGUUCUGAUUUGUGCUUUGUGUGAGUCAGGCAGGAAAUUGGAGGCCAUGAAUCUUUUUAGAGAAAUGAGUGGGAGAGGUUGUGAGCCUAAUGCUCAUACUUAUACCGUCUUAAUUGAUAGUUCUUGUAAGGAGAGGAACUUUGAUGAAGCUAGGAAGCUGUUAGAUCAGAUGCUGGAAAAAGGUUUGGUUCCUGGUGUGGUCACUUACAAUGCGUUAAUUGAUGGGUACUGUAAAGUGGGAAAAAAUUCAGAGGCAUUGGAAAUUUUGGGGUUGAUGGAAUCGAAUAGUUGCAGCCCAAAUUCUCAAACGUACAAUGAGUUGAUUUGUGGGUUUUGUAAAGUGAAAGAUGUGCAUCGAGCAAUGUCAUUGCUUAAUAAAAUGUUUGAGCGUAACCUAUCUCCUACCCUUAUUACAUAUAAUUCGCUAAUCUAUGGGCAGUGUAGAGCAGGUCAUUUGGAUAGUGCUUUUAGAUUGCUUAAUUUGGUCAAGGAAAAUGGUCUUGUCCCUGAUCAGUGGACGUACAGUAUACUUAUAGAUACACUAUGCAAAAGAGGGAGAGUGGAAGAAGCUUGUGAACUCUUCAAUUCCUCCCAGGAAAGAGAUAUUAAAGCAAAUGAAGUAAUGUAUACUGCUCUGAUUGAUGGAUACUGCAAAGUUGGGAAGAUUGAUGAAGCACACUCUUUGUUCAAAAGAAUGGUCGAUGAGGAAUGUCCUCCAAACUCAAUCACUUUCAAUGUCUUAAUAGACAACUUGUGUACUCAGAAAAAAGUGCAGGAAGCUUUAUUGCUUGUAGAUGACAUGAUUAAGAUGAAUCUGAAGCCCACAGUUGAAACAUAUACAAAUCUUAUCGUAGAAAUGUUGAAAGAUGGCGACAUCGACUAUGCUAAUAAGACUCUUAACCAAAUGAUAUCCUCAGGUUGUCAGCCUGAUGUAUUUACGUACACUACAUUUGUGCAUGCAUACUGUAGUCAAGGAAGAUUAGAAGAAGCUGAAAAUGUGAUGGCUAAGAUGAAGGAAGAAGGAAUUAUUCCUGAUUCUUUGGCUUACACAUUUUUAAUUGAUGGAUAUGGGUGCAUGCAAUUGCUUGAUUGCUCAUUUGAUGUUCUCAAGCGAAUGUUUGAUGCUGGCUGUGAGCCUUCUCAUCAUACAUAUGCAUUUCUUUUAAAACAUCUAGUGAAGGAAACGCAAACGAUAAAAGAUGGUUGCAUUAUCGAAGGUUCAUUUGCUCCAGGUUUUGUUUCAAAUGAUUUAAUUAAUGUCUGGAAGACACUUGAUUUUGAUAUAUUAUCUCUACUGUUUAAGAAGAUGGUUGAACAUGGUUGCAAACCUAAUGUUAAUACCUACAGCAAAGUUAUUACCGGACUUUGCAGGGUGGGGAGGGUGAAUGUUGCUCUGAAGUUGUUGAAUGACUUAGAAGAAGCUGGAAUGUCUCCCAGUGAGGUUAUUUAUAACGAACUCCUUAGAUGUUGCUGCGAGUUGAAAUUAUAUGAGGAGGCAUUGAGUUUGCUAUAUGACAUGGAUGAGAAUGGCCAUUUGGCACAUUUGGAAUCCUACAAGCUGCUUAUUUGUGGGCUUUGUGAUGAAGGCAAAAGAGCAAUGGCUGAAUCAGUAUUUCAUACUUUGCUUUGUUGUCAGUAUAAUUAUGAUGAAGUAGCAUGGAAAGUUCUUAUGGAUGGCCUACUUAAGAAUGGCUAUAAUGAUGAAUGCUCAAUGUUUCUGAAAAGUAUGGAGAAGAAGGGUUGUCAAUUGCAUCCUCAGACGUAUGCAAUGUUGAUUCAGGGACUUGAUGGAACAUAAGAUUAUGACCAUUGCCAUUUUUUCUUCUGCUGGUCUAAGUGCAUCAGGGAUAUCAAAUUGUUUGUGGGAUGAGAAUAUAUCAUUGACACUGAAAAUUCAAGUUUUCACAAAUGGAACAUUGGCUUCCUGGAAUGCACCGGCUUUGGUUGCUUCUACAGCUAGUUGUUUCUGUGUCAUUACAGAAAGAAAUUUGAACAUCAGGAUGAGCAACAAGAUAUAUAACAGGGACAAUGUGCAGCCAGAGCAUGUGGAUUUGUCUCUGAAGUGCAAGCUGCUAGAGCAGAUUUUUCAAUUUUGAGUGUAGCAGGCUGAGGCGGCAUGGAUCUGACAAACAAGGUUAGGCAUAAGAUUAACAUACUGAUGUUGGUUAACAUCACUCGGCAGACAUAAGGUGAAGAAGUUAUUCAUUAAACACAAUACCAUAACCUUCAAAACAAUUCUUUCAUUUUUUUUAUAUACUAAAACCAUCAUAAGAGAACCAAAUACAUAUACUUUUUUUACCAAGAGGCAUGAUAUGGUGACAAUUAGUCACACAGAUUUUGCAGAGUUUCUUUAAUGCAUCUUUGAAAACAGAGAUUAGUGUCCAAGUAGCAAUCCUGCAGGGAUUAGAUGAUAUCAAGUAGUUGUAAUAGAAUUGAUUCUGUAAAUUCCAUUUGUUAAAGUUAUUAGAUGUGAUCUUUUUAGAUCAUUCAAGUUUGUUUUCGAUCAAUUAUCCAUGCCAAUGUAUGAAACAUUAAGUUGGAUCAUCAUUUUAAGAAAUCCACACACACUGCUUACA